AUGUCUGCAUCAACUUCAGCAGCCAAUGCCGCAAAAUUCGACCCCCUCUUGCUCCUCCGAAGAGCAAUCACCUCCCGAUCAGAUAUUCAUCUCAUGUCUCAAGACAAUGUGAAGGUCUUCACGUUGGCCGUUGCUUUUUACAUCUCACUACCCGUGUCAACCGGAAGAAUCUCAAUACCCAAGUCACUCACAACGCGUUACCGGAAACCCGGCGCACCGCAAGAAGCAUCUCCUGCGACCGAUCGUGAUCAUUUUUACGACUCCCAGAGUAUCUUAUGCUGCUAUUUAAACAGAGACAAGGGAUUUGCCGCCUACAUUCAAGAAGCCAAUCAGCAAGGAUGUUCAUUUGUUUCUGCGACCGAGCGAAAAUCUAUCACUGACUUCCUGGAGGGUAAGAGUGGGAGCAGUGAACCUAGUUCAAUCGUCGCACUCGAAUCUUCUCUACCGACUUAUCAAGAAUAUCUUGCAAGUGAAAUUGGAUCGAGCGGAGGAGAUGUUCAUGCCACAAGCGAAGAGAACUCGAGUACAAAUCUUGCGAAAGGUGGAUCAAUAGCCGGCGCACAAGGUCAAGUAAUUGAGCGAUCGGGUGCAGACGUUGAUGAAUCACGGAUGAAACGUGCGAGAUACGUGGUUGACAAGGUAGAUCAGGAUCUUGUGAAGCGGAUCAUGUCGUUACAUGAACAUCGGCAGGUCUCAGAUCGUAGGACGGUGUUGCGAGGGUCAAAAGCAGUCAACUUUGACAGUGCUCGAUUGCUAGUCCUCGAUCGCAUUAAAGCCAGACGAGAGGAACUCAAGACACGUAUCAACGGGGCAGGAGGUGCUGGGAAUCUGGUCAAGCCAGUGGGCCCUCCUGGCAGCGGAUCCAGUCAGGCCAAGCGACGUUCAAUGAAUCCAAUCAUCAUCAUCUCUCCUUCCUCCUCCGCCUUGAUCACUAUGCAUAACGUGAAACGUUUCUUGGAAGAUGCGGUCUUUGAACCACCUAAUGUGGCCCGAGGUGCUGGGGCACAAAUCACAACUACAGAAGAUGUGAUUGUAGUAAGCCAUAGACGAGGCUACACCACCUCGCAAGCUGCUGCCCCGUCCAGCUCCGAUGCGUUUGGGAAGUCAAGUGGUUCAGUGGAGCGCGCGGCGCGUUAUUUUGUCGUCGAUGGCGUUGAGGCACUCACCAAGUUUGGCGAGGACGCUUGGGACCGAGUAGUUUGUGUGAUGACUACAGGGCAGGAAUGGCAAUUUCGGCCCUACAAAUGGAGCGAUCCGAAGGAAUUGUUUCACCACGUGAAAGGAUUCUUUGUUCAAUGGACGCACGAUCCGCCAAACCCCAAAGUGCGAGCGUGGAAUGUAACAGAGCUUAGGAUUGAUCAAACUAAAAGACACAUAGACAAAUCAGCAGCAGCCGAUUUUUGGAGGAGUUUAGAAGCAUGGAUCGCCUUGCACAAGCCGUUUGUUGCCUAUUAG